CUGUAAUAAAUUGAUUUUGGAAUGGCUUGAAGGGCAUGAGAAACUCCUUUGACUUUAAAGAAAGUGAUUAAUAGUGAAAAAUGUUGGUGUUUUGAAAAAAAAAUAUAAACAACAAACUUGCUAUUAUUUGAUUGGGCCAAGAAUCAGAACAUGCCUAUUAGUAAGGUUAGACCUAGAUUAGUACCUACUGUCAAAGACAAGGAGAUUGGCAUUUGCAAUUAAAAUUGCAAAUGGAAUGAUGCAUAAAAUAAUCUUUAAAUUAAUUUGAUUAUCGAAUUCUAGCUUUCUUAAAUCAAUAUAAGCAAAUAUUAAGUUUUUAAUAUUCAAUUUUCAAAUAAUCAUGUUUUCGUUCUGUCUCAUUCAUAUGGAGUAAAUCGCUUUCUAUGUUCAUUAUUUUUUGAAUUUUUCUUUUAAUAUCAUUUAAAGAAUGAAAUUAUAUCGAUUGGAAAAUUAAUGAUUCACUAAUAUAAUUAGAUAAGGUUCAACUAAAUAUGGAUUAUCUUCAAUUCGCAAUUAACAACAAAAUUAUCAAAAUAAAUAUUUAAUAAAUGUACUCCUAGAUGUUGCAAUUACAACUUUAUAAUGAGGGAUUUUAAUAAAAUUCGAAAAAAUAAAUUCAUUUAUUUAGAAGGAGAUUCAGACAGAUUUUAGUACUAAUACCUUCAAUGUAUGAUGAAGUAAAUCUUCACAAGCUAAAUUUGUAAAUUAUCUCUAAAGGAAUUAGUUAAAAUUAUUAUUUCUUUAUUGUAGGGUUAAAAUUAUUAAUUUUAAGUGUUUACAUUACUUUCAACUAUGGAUUUCCUUUAAGAAGUUAGUAAUAAUUAGGCAAACGCUUAAACUGAUGGAGGAAACUAGGGCAAACUUCAAAAAAUAUCAUUCAAUCCUUGCUUUUUUUAUCAUUAACCUUCUGAUAAUAAGCAACUUUCACUUUAAUUGCAUCAACUGUUUAGGAGAAACUGGAAUAAAUAAUCGCCUCAUGUUAUUCUAAUGUAGAUUUCAUUACACACUCUCAUCUAUUCGCACACGAUUUUUCAAUCACUUUUGUUGAAUACAUUUUCCUUGUGA